UUCUUCUCCCCAUUUGCUCUUCCACCACUCUUCAUCUCCCUCAAGUGUUUGUUUAUCUGGCUGCUGAUAAAUAGUUUUUUUGCUUUUUCUUUCUGGAAGGUACAAUACUCUUUGGAAAUAAAGAGCUAUUGAUACAAUGCCAGAACCAACCAAGAAUACGGAAACUACCGUCACUGAACAAAAGACCGUGCAAGUAGCAGGAGGAAGCAGGACAGAGAUUACAACCCAGACAGUCAAGACAGGGGUUCAGGUGAAAUGGCAACAGGAUGGAAAAGAGGUCAAAAGUGAAAAGACUGUUACGCAAACCGAGCACACAAAGCGUACCUUAAUUGUUGAUAAUAAUGUAAUUCAAGAGGAAUUUUCAGUUGUGAGUGGAGACACAAAAGUAAAAGAGGAAAAAUCUGCACCACCGGCAAUAGAAGAACAAAGCAAGCCAAAAGAUGAUGUGCCUGAAACCCCAAAAGAGGAAACCAAGCCAAAGGUGGAGCAGCCAGAAAAAGCCAAAGAUGAAGAUGAAUCUUCUUCAGUUAGUACUCCUCCUCCAGAUGAAAAUGCUCGAUCUAUGGAUAGGAAAGGUUCUGUUGGACAACAAGAAGCAGACAAGGAUAGUUCUCAGAUAUCUACAUUAUUUAUUGAGAAACCUACCAGUGGAUCGGUUAAUGUGGGGGGAGAUAUUAAGUUUAUUGCAAAGGUGGAGGCGAAAGAUCUUCUUCGCAAACCUGUUGUUAAAUGGUUGAAAGGAAAAUGGAUGGAUCUGGCAAGUAAAGCUGGAAAACAUCUCCAGCUAAAGGACACAUUUGACAGAAUUAAUAAGAUUUACACCUUUGAAAUGCAAAUCAUAAAAGCAAAGGAAAACUAUGCCGGAAACUACAGAUGUGAAGCGACAUAUAAAGAUAAAUUUGACAGCUGCUCUUUUGACCUCGAAGUUACUGCUGCUCCAGAUGCUUCACAUGCUCUUGACAUCCGAUCUGCUUUCAAGAGAAGCGGUGAAGGACAAGAAGAUGCAGGAGAACUUGACUUUAGUGGUCUCCUGAAACGUAGAGAGGUCAAACCUGAAGAAGGUCCAGAGAUAGACGUGUGGGAGAUCCUUAAGAGCGCCAGCCCAAAUGAGUAUGAGAAGAUAGCAUUUCAAUAUGGGAUCACUGACCUCAGGGGUAUGCUAAAGAGACUAAAACGCAUGCGAAGGGAAGAAAAGAAGAGUGAAGCAUUUUCAAAAAAACUGGAUCCGGCUUAUCAAAUUGACAAAGGAGGACGUGUGAAGUUUGUGGUUGAACUUGCAGAUCCAACAGUUGAACUAAAAUGGUACAAAAACGGUCAGGAGAUCCGUCCCAGUACAAAGUAUAUAUUUGAGCAUAAAGGUAACCAGAGGAUAUUGUUUAUUAAUAACUGCACAUUAGCAGAUGAUGCUGCCUACCAAGUGUGUGCGGGAGAUGAAAAGUGUUCAACAGAGUUGUUUGUAAGGGAACCACCUAUAUUGGUCACAAAGGAACUUGAAAAUAUUAGUACAUAUUGUGGAGAAAGGGUGGAACUUGAGUGUGAAGUUUCUGAAGUAGAUGCAAAUGUGAAGUGGUUUAAGAAUGGUGUAGAAAUUACAAAUGAGCCCAGAUCACGGUACCGGCUGAAGGUGGAUGGUAAAAAGCAUACACUGAUUAUGGAUGAAGCAGACAGAGGGGAUUCUGCUACCUACUCAGUAAUGACCACAGGAGGACAAUCAGCAGCACAGCUACAGGUUGACUUGCGACCACUAAAGAUUUUACAGCCACUGACUGACAUGACUGUAAACCUUGGCAAGGAAAUCAAUCUGAAGUGUGAAAUCUCUGAGAAUGUGCCAGGAAGAUGGUAUAGAAAUGGACAGCUCAUUCAUGGAAAUGACCGUGUACAGAUAUUUCAUAAAGGAAGGAACCACAGAUUGGUUAUACAGAAUGCAUUAGUUGAAGAUGAAGGCGAAUAUGCUUUUGUUCCAGAUCUAUACCUAACAAAUAUUCCUUGCAACAUCCAUGUCAUUGAUCCUCCAAGGAUCCACUUUGAUUCCCUUAAUUAUCCUGAUAAUACUGUGGUAGUUGUAGCAGGGACAAAGCUGCGACUUGAGGUUCCUGUUACCGGAGAGCCAGCUCCAAAAAUUAUAUGGAGUAGAGGAGAUAAGUGGAUCACGGAUCUGGGUGGUCGUAUAAGAGCAGAAACAUACCCUGAUCAUGGACUUUUGGUCAUUGAUUCAGCUGAGAAAGACGACACUGGAACGUACAGGAUUAUGGUAAAGAAUGAAGCUGGUGAAGCUGUAGCUCACAUCAAAAUUAAGGUUGUAGAUAUCCCUGAUGCUCCACAGGCUCCUGAGGUAACAGAGGUAGGGGAGGACUGGUGUAUUAUGAAGUGGGACCCUCCAGCUUAUGACGGAGGAUGUCCAAUUCUAGGCUAUUUCAUUGAAAGAAAGAAGAAGCAAAGCUCAAGAUGGAUGAGGCUAAAUUUUGAUCUCUGCAAAGAAACAAAUUUUGAACCCAAGAAGAUGAUUGAAGGUGUGGCCUAUGAAGUCCGUGUAUUUGCUGUCAAUUCAAUAGGAAUAUCUAAGCCCAGUAUGCCGUCUAAACCUUUUGUGCCAUUAGCUGUGACAAGUGCCCCCACAAUGCUAGCUGUAGAUAAUGUGACUGAUACCUCUGUUACAAUGAAGUGGAGACCCCCCGAUCAUAUUGGAGCAGCUGGAUUAGAUGGAUAUAUCAUUGAAUAUUGCUUUGAAGCAGGAGGAGAUGAGAAACAGGAGAAGCCUGAAUUUACAGAGGCGGAAUUGGAGAAGUUAGUAGAAGGUGUCUCCAAAAAUGGUCCACAACUUUGUGGUGCCUUAUAUGCCAAAACCACCAAGGCAGAAAAAAGUAAGAUAUGGGCAGACAUACAAGCAAAACUCAAUACUGUAGGGGGCCAUAACAGGUCCAUUGCAGACAUAAAAAAGAGAUGGAAUUCUCUUAAAAAACAAACCAAGGAUAAGCUGUUACAGAAGAAGGAAGACUUGCCAGAGAAUUCGGAAGUCCCCACUGCUGUCAAUGAGCUGAAUCCUCUGGAAAAAAGAGUGGAGGACUUGUUACGAAUUGAGGAAACAGAGGGAACUCCUUUAAUUGAUGAUGAUCUGCAAGAUGAUAUAACUGGAGCAGGAGGAGAGGACAAGCCGAAAUUUACUGAUGAGGAGUUGAACACUUUAUUGGAUAACAUUGCCAAAGUUGGGCCCCAGCUUUUUGGAGCUCUGUCAUCUCAAGCCAGUGCAUCAGAUAAGGAUAAAAUAUGGGCAGAGAUCCAGAAACACAUAAAUACUGUGGGGGGCAAUAACAGGUCUAUUCAGGAUAUUAAGAGAGAAUGGAAUAAACUCAAAAAACAGACCAAGAAAAAAUUGGAACAUAAUAAAGCCCAAAUAAUGCUGCAAAAAGAAGGAGAACCUACCAAUAUCCUUGAGCUAACGCCCAUAGAGAAGCGCGUGGAGGUUAUAUUACAAAUCAAAGAAAUUGAUUCUGAGGACUUCCAUGAAGAACCUGAAGAAGCUGAAGAGUGGAUAGUGGCAAACCCAGAACUAACCGAUAAGACAAGGUUCACAAUCAACGGACUGCCAACUGGUUCUAGGAUCUUUGUUAGAGUUAAGUCAGUGAAUGCUGCUGGGCCAAGUGAGCCUAGAUUACAUCCUCAGCCUAUUCUGGUCAAAGAGGUCAUUGUGCCUCCAAAGAUUCGUCUUCCCCGCCAUUUAAAACAAACAUAUAUCAAAAAAGUAGGCGAGACUGUGAACCUUGUUAUACCGUUCCAGGGAAAGCCAAGACCAAAAGUUUCUUGGAAAAAGAAUGGAUCACAUGUGGAUAAAACACAAAUUAGUAUCCGCAACUCUGAGUGUGACACCAUCCUUUUUAUUCGGAAGGCAGAGAAGAGCCAUUCAGGAAAAUAUGAUUUGAAAGUAAAAGUGGAUACUCUUCAGGACAAGGCUUCAAUCCACAUUCAGAUUGUUGAUCGACCUGGACCACCACAAGUUGUAGUUAUCGAGGAGGUCUGGGGAGAGAAUGUUGCACUAGAAUGGAAGCCACCAGUUGAUAAUGGCAAUGCCAACAUUACUGGAUACACCAUUCAGAAAGCUGACAAGAAGACAAUGGAAUGGUUUACUGUCUUGGAGCACUAUCACCGAACCAAUGCCACUAUCUCAGACCUAGUCCUAGGAAAUGAGUACUUCUUUCGGGUGUUCUCUGAAAAUAUGUGUGGUCUCAGUGAGGCAGCUACCAGGACUCCAAAUAGCGCAUUAAUCGAGAAGGAAGGUAAAGCGUACAAGCGUCCCGAAUACAAGGACUUUGAUUUCACAGAGCCACCAGUGUUCACUCAUCCACUCAUUAAUACAGUAGCUAUUGCUGGAUACAAUGCUACUCUGAACUGCAGUGUCAGAGGAAAUCCCAAGCCUAAAAUAACUUGGAUGAAGAACAAAAUGAUCAUCGAGAAUGAUCCCAGAUACAGAAUGUUUAGUAAUCAGAGCGUAUGCACCCUGGAGAUACGUAAACCCAGCCCCUAUGAUGGGGCAAUAUACACCUGCAGGGCUGUCAACGAACUGGGUGAGGCUGAAGUUGAAUGCAAGCUAGAGGUGAAAGUUGCACAAUAAGGAAUAUUGAAUGUGUAUUGUCACCUAAGGAGGGCUGACAUUUUUCCGCCUUCUGAUGCAAGGUGUGCCCCUGUCUGUCAUUGAUUCUUACAUGCGAGAGAUGAAAUGAAGCAAGCAAGCAAAGCCAUGAGUCCAGGCUUCUGGACUUCAGUUUGUGACCUUGAAAUUGUGUCAAUAAUGUGUAGUUCUUUUCUGUACUGCGGUUUUGUUUUUUGUCUGAUAAAAAUGAACGCAUGAAUUGCUUUUGAAAAGUGCGUGAGAAAGAGCAGAUCAGUAUACAAGUUACAUAUUUUUUUCUGCUUGAUUAGAUUAUUUUAACCAUUUCAGAAUCACUGGCGCCGAAAGGGUCAAAUAUUCACACUAUAUUAUGAAUAAGUCACAAUAGCCAAACCUGUAGCAGCAGAAUACUUUUGCUACAGGCUGAGUGCUAUAACAAAUAACAAUUGCAGUGAAGUAUACAUCUGCCUUGUAAUGGAAUAUACCAGAUUGUACAUCAGUGAUGAUUAAGUAGAUACGAUAGCAUAAAUUAUGUGUUAGCAGUAUAGCUACUUCACAGCAUCUUUACAGCAUCUUUCAGGUACAUACGCAAUAAUAGGAAUGCAUAGCUUGUUUUCAUUGGCUUCAGAUCUGAUAACGUAUAUGUACUGUGUAACUAAUGUACAAUAAAAAAGAAAGUGUUAUGCACUAUA